AUGGCUCGUGGACACCAGAAGAUCCAAUCUCAAAUGAAAAAUCAAAAGAAAGCUGAUGUGAGUUCAUUAUUUCAGUUUUUAUUUCUAUUUUUAUGUUUAGGCUGCCAAGAAGUCGGGUAUUGAUCAGAAGACCGCUGCUCAGCAAGCUUUGCACCACAAGUGUUCCGUUUGCAUGGCCCAAAUGCCCGAUCCGAAGACCUACAAGCAACAUUUCCAGUCGAAGCAUCCCAAGUCUCCCCUCCCUUCUGAACUUGUUGAUGUUGCCGCCUGA